AUGGCAAACCAGCCAGAGCUGGAGGUAGCGGUGUACCUCCACAAUUUCCACAACCUCGACCUGCUAAAACAAGGGUGGUACGGCGUGAAGGUGCAGUGCCUGUGGGAUAGCUCGGGGCGACUCGCGUCUCCUUCACGCGUUCUGCAAUACGCAUUCCCAGAGACGCACAAGGGCGAGGCGCUGACGUCAUGGCGGGUGGACGACAGCGACAGCAGCUACCACUCGCGCUACUUCCGCAUCCGCUUCGCCCGCCAGGACGUGGGGCUCCGCGAGGUCGCCUGCUUCCACCUGCCUGUGCGCCAGAAGAGACCCUUCGACGAGCCUGUCUCGCUGCGUUUCGAGCUACUCCACGCGCCAUUCACAGCGGGCCGGGGCAAUGUGCCUCCGGACGAUCUCGACCCGGUGGCGCGGCAGAUAGUGCGCAUUCCGGGGGGCAUGUGGCACCACGUGCACGAGUACACGCCCGCCACAUUCGACACCAUGCACUUCGCUCAGCUGGAUGUUACGGUGCAUGCCGCCAUGCUGCACUUCUCCAACCCGCCCCUGCACUCCGCGCAUCGACCCAGGGUUGUGCGUCCAGUAAAACCAACUCCUGCCACACUCCCUCCACCGGCAGACCUCCCUCCAAUCACCUUCUACACCACUGACAACUCCUCACAACCGCUCACCCAGCAGCCCCCCCUUGCUGCCGCGUCUCAAGCCGACAGCGCCCCUGCCUCUACACCUCAGGCUGACAGCACCGCUGCUGGGACUGCUACUGAUGCCCCCAUGGCUACUGACAGCAUUCCCAUUGGAGGUGCGGAGGCUGCUGGCGGUGUGGCCGGAGGGGGAACUGAAAGCACCAGUGGUGUGGGCGAUGGGGGGGAUAGAGAGGGGUCUGUGGCGGGCGGGCAGAGGAGCAGAGGGGAUUCUGGAGGGGGGGAGCAGGAGAAGAAUAGCAGGGGCAAGCUGGCAGACCCAUCAACAAGGACCAUGGCGUGUCUGCUGCUCGAGUCCUCUCUCCUCCUGCGCUCGCUCAGCGCUGCCCUCGCCGCCACAUACAACCUGCACCACCUGCUGCCUCCCCCAGACGCCAUGGCAGAGCAGUCACAUAACCAUUUACGGGUGAAGGUCUUUGUUUUACACCUGCACAUAUUCAAAAUAUUGUUUACUCUCUCGCUCCCCUCCUUCGUCCCUUCUCCUUGCCCCUUUCUCCAGUCACUCUGCUCUCCUAUGCUCGCCAGUGCGCUGCGCAAGCUGAUGGGUCAGUGUGACAGAGAAGAUGCUGACAGGGCAGACGCUGACAGGGAACGUGCUGACGUGGCAGAUGCUGACGGGGCAGAUGCUGACAGGGCAAAUGCUGACAGGGCAGGGGCGAAACCCCGUGAAGUGGAGGCGAGCAGAAGUGAGGGGCCAGGUGCAGCAGCAGAGAGAGGGCCGAGAGGGAGUGGUGAGGCUGCACAGAGCAGUGAAGGGGGUGGUGGUGACUGUAACAGAGGUGACAAUGGAUUGAAGGGGAGAGCACAGGAGGGGGAGGGAGAAGGUGUGGCUGUCGGGGAUGAUUGGGGAGGGGACCAGGGUGGUGGUGGGUCGGGAACGGUGACGAGCGGUGGUGAUGGUGGUGAUGGUGUGGGUGAUGGGGGUGAUGAUGGUGGGGGUGGAAGCAGGGAACAGGGUGGGAAGGGGGAGUUGGGUGCAGAGGAUGGGGCGGGCAGUCAGGUGGGGAAGAGGGAUACCACCACCACCACCACCACCACUGGAGUGACUGCGACUGAUGGGAGUGUGAAUCUAACGGAGGAGGAAGUGGAAGCAGUGAAGGUUGCGGCGAAGGGACUUGUGACUGCGUACUGGACGUCCUUCCUCAGCAUGCACAAGCUGUGCCACGUGGAGUUGUGUGCCUUGCUGCGGCAGAAGUGGGUGGCAAACCAGGCACGGGAGGCAGCGCCGUGGGUGUAUGCAUCCUCCUCGCCCAUGCAGACGGAGCAGCUAUUCGGCCUCGACCGCUGGCCCGAUGUCACCACAGCCAGGCAAUUCGUGCCACCGGACAAGCAGAGCGACACAGAGCAGCUCUUUGGUCUCGAUCGCUGGCCCGAUGUCACCACAGCCAGGCAGUUCGUGCCUCGAUGUCAGUCGCUUCUCUCUCUCUCUCCCUCCACACCCCUCUCACCUGGCGUUCCUGUCAGCAGCCCUGGCUCCCCAGGUGCAGCCGGCAACGCCUUCAGUGCCCCCGCAACGCCUUCAGUGCCCCCGCAACGCCUUCAGUGCCCCCGCAACGCCUUCAGUGCCCCCGCCAUGCUCUGCGUGUUUGAGUCGACUCAAAAGCGUGCCUCCGCCACGCUCUCCCUGCCAACCCACCCCCGUCCUCAUCUGACUGCCGCGUCCCUAUCCCAUACCCCUCACAACACCCUCUCCCCCCCCCCCCCCUCUCAGCUCGCGCUCCUGUCAGCAGCCUUGCCCUCCCCUCCCCAUGUCCCCCUCCCUCCUCCCCACCAUCUCCACCUCUCUCGACUCCCUCCUCUCCUCCCUACACUCCUACCCACCCACCUCCAUCCCCUUCUGCCUUUCCUCGCCCCACCGUCCACCCAUCCCCACCCAUCUCAACCACCUCCCGUCUCUCAGCCCAGCAGCAGCAGCAGCAGCAGCAGCACGGAAUCCCCAGGUGUAUCUGGUGCAGGUUCGACAGGAGUGGAGGGUGGAAGGAAGGCGACACGGGGGAAGCAUGUGGUGGUGUUUGUGCAUGGCUAUCAGGGUCACCGCAUGGACCUAAGGCUCGUGCGCGACAGCUGGCGCCUGCUAGACCCGGACAUAGAGUGCCUCAUGGCCGAGAGCAACGAGACAAACUCCGGCGCCCCGCACUCGCCCUCCCCGUCCUCCUCGUCGCACUCGCCCGCCCGCGCGCCCGACCUGAGUGGGGUGGAGGCGAUGGGAGCUCGGCUGGCGCACGAGGUGGUAACCGCGUUACGCAGCAUGUUUGGGCCGAUCGACCGGCCCAAUAGGAAGAAUGUGUUGCAGCGGUUGUCCUUUGUGGGUUACUCCAUUGGCAACCUUGUCGUGCGGGCGGCACUAGCAGACGACAGCAUGCGUCCCUACCUGCCCUACCUGCACCUCUACCUGUCCUUCUGCGGGCCCCACCUGGGCUACAUGUACCACUCCAACUCCCUCGUCACCAGCGGCAUGUGGCUGCUCAAGCGCCUCGACCCCUCCUCCCUCAUGCGCCAGCUGUCCUUCUCCGAUUCGCUCAACGUCCGCGACUCCUGCAUCUACCGCCUCUCUCAGCGCCAGGAGUGGGUCAACUUCAAGCACAUUGUCCUCUUUGCCUCGCCCCAGUCCAUACACUAG